AUGCAACGAGGAAUGUCAAGAGUCGGUACAUAUUCAUCCGCCGAUUGGGAACCACACCGAUACUCUCGUCCUCAUCGACACAAGAUUGCCCACGCAGACCAAGAGGUCUCUCCUCCAGCCUUCCCCUCGAUCACCUCACCCUCACUCCCUCCAGCGGUGCUGAAUGAAGCGUGGUCAGCCAAACACACUCGAGCCAAACGCUUCCCCCGUAUCGGAUAUCGGACGCGAUAUGUGCAGUCCAUACCUCGCAAACGUUUGCCCCGCUCCCCUCCUCUCUCCUGCAAAUCUGACAGGACGCUUGAUCCGCCCGACCGUCUCCCCGCCAGCUUCCUUGCCUCUCUUCACCAAACCCACCCUGGCGUGAGACCCUUGCUCGAAGAUCUGGUACGCCAAUGCGCCAGUACGGGAGAUGGUCUUCCGAUUCAGCUACGCCCAGUCUUCGAAGCCUUGGGUAGCGUCAAGGCCGUUGUUGUCAUGGCCAAUGUCGUCCGAUCCAAUCUGAACAUGGCCGUUUUGAGUACCCAUACGGAUGUUACAGCUCUGAAGCGAACGGUGGCGCACACUCGGCAGAGACUGUAUCUCGAAAUCAUUGCUGCCCUCGCUCUACCCGACGCCCCUUUGCCCUUAUCAGAACCGGAUCACCAGUUCGAACCUGAACCUCGUAUCGUUCUUACUCCUUCGUCUCUCAAUGUUCUUCGCGAGCGACUCCCUACCAAGUUCAAGAAGGACCGCGGUGUGCUCGCCGCUUUCUUCGACGCUGGAAGCUUAUACGGCCAGACCUCGGGCGAAGUCAUAUGGGAGCAUGGAGUGGGGCGAAUGGCAGGGGCCGGAGGAGGAUUUCAUCCCGAAUGCGUUGAUACAGGUGGAUUGAUUCACGUCUUUCUCGACCAUUCGAAUAUUCUCUUCGGACUCAUCUCUACCAUGUACAACAAGCCCAUUGAUUCCUUGCCUCCAAGACAUCUUCGCGUGUUGUCCCUUCCGUGUGUAUCCCUCCUUCUACGAAGAGGUCGCUCGACUCCACCCGGCACUCUACAUGCAGUCGCGUCUUCCCCCUUGCAGCAGGAUCUCGAUCCUCUGGUCAGGUUAGGUUGGGAAGUGUCAAUUUUGAAACGGGUCGAGGUUUAUGAGGACGAAGUCGUUGAUCAUUUCGCCCAAAAUCUCAUCGAUAAACCUAUGAGCCAUCCCGAAUCUCAUGCGUCGGCUUCACAAUAUGGGUUGAAACGAUACAGAGAACAGGGAGUUGACGAAAUUCUGCAUCUCAAGUUACUUCAAACACUCAACUCAAAGCCAACUCCAGCGCCGAAAGGCUCGACCAUCGUUCUGGCCACCGGAGAUGCCAAGGGAGGACAAUUCAACAAGGAUGGGUUUCUCGGAGCUGUUCGGGAGGCGCUUAGCAGAGGCUGGGCGGUCGAGUUAUGGGCUUUCAAGUCGGGUCUAUCCAGAACGUGGUGGACUAUCUCCCAGGCAGAAGGCUGGACCCACGGCGGCAGAUUCUCCGUAUACUACCUGGACGACUGGGCGUACGAACUAGUGGAAAUGAACGACAGCAAUGAUUAAAAUGCUUUCCAUGGAUCACCUUCGCGGUUUGACGAUUCUAUGUUGUUGUAACGUACGCUCCACUCUAUCCCAUGCAUCCUAUCCCAUCGUU